AUGCCGCCCAAGUCGAUUCUCAAGAAGUCUGCAGUCGCUGCGAAUGCUCCGCCCGCGGCGCGUGCCGUCAACGGGCGCCACCUCGAAACCGCGGUGCACCACGCGAACGUCCUGGAGCAGCGCAAGCGAGUGGAGCUCGACAUUCUGCGCUCCGUAAUGGAGCUCAUGGACUUCCCCUCCCAAGCCGAUGCAGACUCGACCCGUCCGUCACCUUCCGAUGCGCAGCGCUUUCGCCAGGCUGUUGUCGCCUUUCAGCCUUCCGACUACGAUGCCUUGAUCGAGGAGCGCAACAUCGCUGACAAGUGUGGCUACACGCUGUGUCCGCGGCCGAAGGGCAAAGCGCCAUCUACGGCCAGAAAGCAAUUCGUGGAGACCUCAAAGGGCGUUCAGAUUGUGGACAGGAAGAAGUUGGAGAUGUGGUGCUCUGACGACUGCGCGCGACGGGCACUCUUUGUCAAGGUGCAGCUGAACGAAGAGCCUGCAUGGCUGCGACAGGGUGACUACGGGACCGACAUCGAGCUCAUGGUGGAGAACGCCGAAGAACAUCACAAGACCCUGCCACUCCGGUUGAAGAAGGAAGUGACACCAGCGCCACAAGACACAGAAGAGGAGGAUGCCGCGGCAGCAUGGGCAGCGCGCGACGAUGCGCUCGCGGACCUUGCCAUCGAACGCGGCGAGAAGCCGGGCCGGCUGAGCAAGGCCAACAAGGACCUCAUCACGGACAAGAUCAAGGAACGGGUGACCAAAUUUCCACCGAUGCCACCUUCUUUGCCGCAACAGAGCUCUGGCCAGUCACAUAUGGCUAUCGAGGGACAUGUGCCGAAGUCUGCUCGAGAUGCAGAACAAGCAAAGGACAGCGAUGACGAAGACGACGAACAAGACUGGGAUAAGGCUCUACCCGGGUGA